GCCCUUACAAGCUACAGCCAGUAUAUUGUACAGCCAGCAUAUGAGGACCUGUGACGAGAGCAACAACGAAAAAGGGAAGUAGAUAAGUUUUUAGUCUUCAACUUCAACCAGUAGUGAUAUCAAGCAAAGUCGGCCAUAUAUUAAGACUACAGCAUGUCUGAUCACGCGAAACAUGUCGUUGAUAGAUAGUUUCUGUUAUAUCACCCAAGCUCUACCUCAGUACGGCCAUUCGACUCUCCUACUCUAGAUAUUCACAUCAACACUACAGGCUACAGAGGUAUUCGCAUACAAGAUGAGAUCGCUAUCAAUCAUUGUUUGGGUACUAUUCGCCAUGAUAAUGCACGCAUCAUGUCAGACUCCCCAAACAGUCAACACUCCUUCCGGUCCCAUUAAAGGCGUGGUCGUCCCUACUCUUGGGACGGAUAUCGUACAGUUCCGGAAUAUUCCAUACGCGCAACCACCAAUUGGCAACCUCAGAUUUGAGAAACCACUCCCGGUAGAACCUUGGACAGAAACUCUGGACGGAACUGUCUUUGGACCUUCUUGCAUACAGGAUACAAAAGUGUUUGAGAAAUUGUGGGAAAAGACAGGCAAGCAUGAACUAUCUGAAGAUUGUUUACAGCUAAAUGUUUAUGUUCCCAGAGCUGUUUCAACUGAGGCAAAGAAGCCAGAGGAAUGCUGGUCUACAGACGGCAAGAUGAGAUCACAUUACCUUCUACAUGUUAGUCUGCAGGCUAUCAUUAUAGCAUUUACAUCAUGUCAGUCCUUCCCAGUAGUCAACACUCCUUCCGGUUCCAUCAAAGGCGUGGUCGUUCCCUACUCCUUGGAAUGGAUAUCGUACAGUUCCGGAAUAUUCCAUACGCGAAAGCCUCCAGUUGGCAACCUCAGAUUUGAGAAACCACUUCCGGUAGAACCUUGGACGGAAACUCUAGACGGAACUGUCUUUGGGCCAUCCUGCAUGCAGGAUAAAAACGUUUUUGCAGAAUUUUGGAAAAAGGCAGACAACAGUGAAAUAACAGAAGAUUGUUUACAGCUAAAUGUUUAUGUACCCGGAGCUGUUUCAACUGAGGUUAAAAAGCCGGUGAUGUUUUGGAUCCAUGGUGGGGGGUUUACCAUGGGAUACAGUUGGCUAUAUGACGCGUCAUAUCUGGCAAGAAAAGACGUCAUCGUUGUCACCAUCAACUACCGUCUCGGAGUAUUCGGAUUCUUAAGCACGGAAGACGCCGAACUGCCAAGUAACUUUGGUCUCUGGGAUAUGAUUGAAGCCCUGAAAUGGGUAAAUAAAAACAUAGCAUCAUUCGGAGGCGAUCCUGAAUCCGUUACCAUUUUUGGAGAAUCAGCAGGAGGCUUUGCUGUGUCGCACUUAGCUUUGAUACCAAGCACUGCUGGUUUAUUUAAACGCGUCAUCCCUCAAAGUGGAUCUGCUGUAGGUUUUACUGGUGUUGUGUCGAAUCCUGCACGUGUUGCCAAAGCCAUGGGGAAAUUGGUUGGGUGCAUAUCCGAAGAAGACGAAGAAAUCGCAAACAAGAUUCUAAUUGAUUGCCUCAAAACGAAGAGUUCCGAAGAAUUGUUUAAAGCUCAACAAAACCCCGGCGUUCUUUAUUUGGAGACCACUACCUUUCUGCCCGAAAUCUGGCCUGCUAUUGAUGGAGAACUAAUUCGAAGAUCACCUUUAGACAGCCUAAAUGAUCCAAACUCGGAAGAAUCAGUUUAUUUCAGAUCGUUAGAUAUGAUGGCGGGCACAACUGACAACGAGGGAUCAUUAUUCAUUUUCCUCGUGUUUGGACUUCAAGAAUCUAUGAAGUUUAACAUUACCGAUGGUAUACCUACGUCUGUUUUAUGUGACGUGGUCGCACCAACAUUAGCCAAGGAGCUGUUUAAUGACGACACUAUAGUUUCUGAUUUACUUUGUAAAGAAUAUGCAACUGAUGAUCUAGCGCAACAAGCAAGAAAUAUAGCCAAUUUGUGCGAAGAUGCAUGGUUUGUUGGACCUACGGUGCAGCUCUGUGACUUCCAUUCCAAGGAUAAGCCAUCUGCAAACACCUAUCACUAUUUGUAUACCAAGCCGGCGAACAUGUCAAUGUUUCUUCCGGAAUUUUCCUGGAUGGAAGGAGCUGGACACGGGGCCGAAAUACUGUAUAUGUUUGGUCCAAGGAUCUUUAGCGAAUUGGAUGAAACUUUGUCGUCUGAUGAGGGAAGGACUUUUACGGACAUGCUUGUCACGUACUGGACCAACUUUGCUAAAACAGGGAAUCCCAAUGGAGAUGGCCUGGUCCAAUGGGAGGCGUUCACCUCCAACGGUCGGGACUAUUUGGAAUUGAAUGACAAGGCAGUCCCAGGUCAAAACUUGUACGAGAAGAGGAUGAAGUUUCUACUACAAGACGUACCUAACAAACUCAACGACAGGGUGAAAACCGAGUUAUAGAAUUGGAAAAUCUAACUCAAAGAGACAGAAAAAACUGAGUUAAAGUAAUGAAAAAAACAACUCAAAGAUACAGUAAAAACGAGUUGAAGUAAUGGACAAAACAACUCAAAAAGACAACAAAGACCAGUUAUAGAAAUGGAAAAACCAACUCAAAGAUACAGUAAAAAGGAGUUACAGAAAUGUUAAAUCGAUAUAGUAUCAUGACGUGUCUAGUAAACUCAGAGUUAAAACCGAGUUAUAGCAAUGGGCAAGAAAAAAUAAAAAACGGAAUUGUGAAAUUGGAAAUCUAUGUUCACGGGCGAAUAAUAUGAUUUCGUUAUGAAUACGAUAGAACUACAAGUGUACAAUGAAAAAAUGCAAAUAUUGGCAAGAUGUGUAAACAAAGAAUGAAUUUGAACAUAUAUACAUGCUUGGGAUUUCUUUUCAUGUAAAAAGGUAACGAUAAUUUUGGUUUGUGGACAAUUUACGGACCUAUCCCUUUCAAACUUCACAUACUACUUCCCUAAUACAUUGCGGUUUUUUGUUGUUGUUUUUUUUUCGGAUCAAAAGGUCAAGGUCAACGUUACUAUAAAUAGAAAGCUGGUCUCCUCGUAAUAACUUAAGGUCUAUGGAAUGAACAAACUCGGGCUUCACCUAGUGCUUCCUUACCACCAGAGCUUGAUUUCGGUUUCUUCCUGAAUCCAGUUCAAAGGUCAAAGUCACUUGCUAUUAAUAGAUUGGGGGUUUUUUUUUGCAAUAACUUGAGUUUCUUGGAACAUAUGUUUGAAAAACUAAUUCCCGCACACCAAUGAAAGUUCUGCUGGACCAGUCAAACUCAAACUUCACACACGUCUUUCUCAUUGGACAGUUUUGCAUGUAAUUGUAUUUCAAUCAAAAGGUCAAAGGUCAGAUGUCAAUGUCACCAUUGUUGAUAAGUAUCAUUCAGCAAUACCUCGAUAUGUUUAAUAGUCAAAACCUUUUAUCGUCAGCCUGAGUUUGAAAGUUUUCUAAUCUAUCAUGAUAUUUCAUUUUCCAAAUGGCGACAGUGACAAGGCUUAACUAAAGCUUAGAAUCAUGGAUCAUAAACACACGCGACUGAAACAAUAGUUUAUUACAAAUAGCAUCAUAUACAAAUAGAAUAUAUAAGUAAAUAUAUCACAAUAUAAUCAGAUAUAUAUUUAUUUUCACAAGAAAAAUACAACAAUUUCUAAAGGUAUUUACAACUGAUGAGGAAAAUACAACUGCAAUAAAAGUAUAUACUUCCAAAAUUAUCUUGUUUGAAACAACAAAAUCAUAAUACCUUUUUUUUUAUUAAAUAACCUAUUAAAAGAUAUCACUUUAAAGUUACAAUUUAUUUGAUGUCAUAUUGAUGAUGAUUUCAUCGAAGACAGCAAUAACAGGAUUAUUUGGAUGUUUAUUGUGACAACAAAAAGUUCUAAUUAACAAAACAUUUAUUGUCAUUCAUUGACUAUAUGUAUAUGUAUUAACCCUUUCAACCCUGAAAACACUUAAGUGGACUCUGCCACUCAUUCUUCAUUAAAGUCCAAUAUGGUCAGUAGGGGUGAAGGGUUGAACUUAAACUGAAAGCAUUGAUUUACAGGGUUAAGAAUGCAUGUGUCCAUAUCUUGAACUUAUUUGGCCUUUGAUCAUGAGUUGAAGGUGAAGGUCACAAUGCUAUAAACACAACACACUGCACACUCUCCGUGAUAGUUGGGAAUAUGUCCCAGUGAUCAAAACAAAUAAAACCACCGCAUCAAAUUUAGCUAUAUGGUGCCCUGACGAGUGUUCGAUUAUAUAUAGCAUUCUCCUUAUGUUAAUUUUUGAACGAUGAUUUUUUUUUUACCUUUCUAUUCUCAUGAUUCAGAUGUGAAAUAAUGGGUGCUGAUUACAGGAAGUUAUCCUCUAAACAGCAGGAAGAACAAUUUAUCACUGUAUGUUGGACCACAAUCAUGUACCAUAGAAGUCAGAAUUAAGUCUUUCAUAUUUCAUAAAAAGCACCGAUUCAAGGGGGGAAAAUUCACCUAAAUUACAAUCUAAAAACAAAAAUGCACUAAAUAAUGACAAAAACAAAAAUAAUUCCAUACUUAAAAUUUGUCUAUUAGGCCUUAGUUGGUUCUCAGGCCCUCCCUUAUCUUCUUGGAAGUAAAAAAGAAAGUCCUUUAAUUUUAAUAGUAUAAUAUUUUGCUGGCAACCAUAAUUAAAUACAUGACUGUAUAUAUCAACUGAACUUACUAUAUGUACCUUGGUAUACUCAUUUUGAUUGAUGAAAAAAAUGGGUGUUUUAUACCCAUUUUUAAAAAAAAUGAGAAAUGAGAAAUUUCUAAUGAGAAAUAACGUACAAGAACAAUUCUUGAAUUGGUAAAAGCUUAAAUCUUUGGUAGAUAUAGAGCAAGAUUUUACCUAAAAAAAAUCAUUUCUAAAAAAUCACUUUAAUUCUUACUUUUAACAAGACAAUAUGCAAAAAUAUAAAUACUGCAUCUUAAAAAAAUACACAUUUUACAUCACAGUUUACUUAUAGAUAUUACAAAUUGUACCGUAAAGGUUUUGUUCUUGACAUACACUAACAGAUUUAUAUGCCAUGAAAUUGUCUUAUCUAUUUUUGUAUGUCAUGCAUGUGAAUUUUAAUUAAAUAUUUGUAACUUGCAACCAGACACACCCCUCUCCACCCCCCAGAAAGCUUGUUAAGUAGUCUAAUAAUGCUGGUGGUCAAUUAUAUACUAUCUGAUGAUGAUAGGUAAUAACAAUACAAUUCCAUACCAUAUUUUACUAGGUAUAAGCCCAUGCUGGAAGCCCUACCCGCAACCAUCAUUUUCCACAUUGUCACUGUAUAUGCUCAAAAAUGUUUCAGAUACUUUAUAGUAGGAACACAAAUAAUUUGAACUUAACUGUGGCUUGGAAUUUUUCGUACAAAAAUCCAGACAGAAAUUACUGUCUUGAGAAUAACAUUAGUACCAUGUACAUAUGAUACAAAACGAAAUAAAGGCAUUUUAUAUUUCGAAUUUCAACCAUAGUCAUUCUGAACACAUUAUGGAAAAACAUUCUGUGUUUUUGGAUUUUCAACCUGGUACUCUUAUUCUUAACACAUUGAGAACAUAUACAAAUGUUGAUUAUUUAAAACUCAACGUAUUUGUCCCUUCAAGGGACAUGUAAAUCAGUUGUAAAAUCAUAUAAAAAAUCUCACCAGGUAUUUAAAAAACACCUUAAGGGUCAACCUUAUUUUAAUAAGUAAUAAUGUACAAAUUGUAUCAGAUUAGAUGUUAAAUGACAACUCAAAUUUCUAAAAAAAAA